CUUGCGAGAGCCUCAGUGUGUCGACUAGUGUUGUACGCAGAGCUUUCUUUUGUAGCCUCCUGGACUGCCAGCGUUAAUGAUUUUUAAACCUACUAUUGUCCAUCAUUAAUAUAUCUGCACAUAGCGCACAAAGGUAGUAUGGUGAAGGUCAAACGUUUACUGGUCCCCCUGAAAGUGGGGAUGGCCUUUCUGUGUCUCAUGGCCCUUGCAGUCCUGAAGGAAAAGGUCACCUCCUCAUCACAUUCCCAAGUCUUGGACGUUGAAGAUCACGUUACUGAAAGAGAUGAUCUAGCUGCACUCCGUUUGGAAGAUGAUUCGACUCUUCCGUUUUCUCUACUCAAGACUGGGAACUCUGUCACUCUCCCCCCGCUCAGUGGUUGGGAUUCAGCUACGUUCUCCAAGCCUCAGGAUCUUGCUAUGGUGUCCCGGUUCGAGUCUCAUGAUCCUGCCCAAUCGCCCCAGUUUGAGUCUCAUUACCCUGCUAAAUCGACCCAGUUCGAACCUCAGGACACUACUAAAUCGACCCAGUUCGAGUUCCCCCGGUCUGAAGUCCAGGCCUCUGUCCCAUCCUGGCAACCCUACGGAGGACUGGCGCCAAGGGGGAACCCAGCGAUGACUCCAGGACGACGAGAGUUGAUCCUGAGGCCUGUGUACCCGCGCAUCGUCAUCUACAACCGCGUUCCGAAAUGUGCGUCAGCGACUAUGUUGCGAAUCUGCGGAAGCUUAUCGCAAAAGAAUGGAUUUACCUUCAACAAUAUGAAGGUGACGGGCAGUAGCCACAAGGAAAGGGCACAACAGAAGAAGCUUGCCAAUUGGAUCUUUAAUAGGCCUCUUCACGGACGCCACUUCUUCUUUAAGCACAUCACAUACCUCAACUUUUCGAGGUUAGGCUACUGGGAGCCUCGUUGGAUCAACAUAGUACGCCAUCCAGUUAAAAGACUGAUCAGCCAUUACUAUUUCAAGAAGCCGCUGCAAACCUUGGAUGUCUGCAUCAACACCGGAGUCUGCAAGUUUGAAAGGGGAAAAGAGAGGAUAAUUUCACAGAUAUGUUACUUCUGUGGGUAUAACACUCAGUGUAGGUCGAAACUUACUUCGCAAACGUUCCAAAUGGCUAAGCAAGUGGUUGAGAAAGUCUUCGUGGUUGUGGGACUCCAAGAGGACCUUCACAACACGCUUCUUGUCUUGGAACACCUGAUACCCAAUUUCUUCUCAGGCGCUUCGACAUUGAAUUACGAGAAUUGGAACAUUCAGACCUCGAAGCCAUCGACCUCCAACAGGACAUUGGCCGUACUGGAACGCAAGCUUAAAGUGGACCUUGAUUUUUACCAUUAUCUUCAACAGCGAUUCUACAAACAGCUGGAAGAAGUCAAGAAACAUACAGAGGUUUUAAGAUAAGAAUAAUAAUUGAUGUUAUCAUGUAUUGGCAUGUUUUUUUAAUGUAAUUCUGUAAUGGUUCAUAAACGUUCACAGAUGGAAAUGAAGGACCAUAA